CACUUUUGUAGGACAAAAACAAAUAAACAAAACAAAAAGUUUGAAUGAAAUUACACAAGACAACAAAAGAUGAAAGCAACUUAAAUCAUAUUCCUUUUGAUUAUAUUGGUUAAAAAGAGAUGUUAUUGAAAUUGAAUACUCUUUAGCUUCAACAAAUGAAGAAACCAUCAAGCCCAAACUUGCAUCAAUCUAACCAAAGAAGAAACAAAAUUGGUCACAAAAGUGGUAGUGCAAGCAAUACCAAUGUCACAAAUAAGCACAAUCAUGAGCAUAAUCAUAGUACUAUGACAUAUUUCAAGUCUGUUUUCAAAAGCUUUUUUACAUUGAUAACAAAAACAACCUCAGAAGCUGUUGCAAAUGAUUCCUCGAGGAAUAAAGUCAGAGGAGUAACAUCUUCAACAGAUGUAUCAUCUGAUAGUUCUAAGAGUUCAUCAAAAUGGAAAUCUUCUCAAUCUUCAACACCAACUAGCACUUCAAGAAGUCAGCUUGGAAUGGGAAAUUUCUCAUUUGAGGAACUUUACAAGGCAACAGGAAAAUUCUCUCCAGAUAAUAAGAUUGGUGAAGGUGCUUUUGGAAUUGUAUAUAAGGGAAGGCUUUAUGAUGGAUCUCUUGUGGCUGUAAAGUGUGCCAGGAAGGAUGUACAAAAGAAGCAUUUGGCUGAGUUCAAGAAUGAAAUAAACACCUUGUCAAAAAUUGAGCAUCUGAAUCUUGUAAGGUGGUAUGGAUAUUUGGAGCAUGGAGAUGAUAAGAUUAUUGUUAUUGAAUAUGUAAAUAAUGGAACUCUCAGGGAACAUUUAGAUGGUGUGAGGGGAAAUGGACUAGAAAUCAGUGAGCGUCUAGACAUAGCGAUUGACGUAGCUCAUGCAAUUACAUACCUUCAUAUGUACACAGAUCAUCCGAUCAUUCACAGAGACAUCAAGGCAUCAAAUAUCUUAAUAACAGACAGUCUAAGGGCCAAAGUGGCAGACUUUGGUUUUGCAAGGUUGGCUCCAGAAGACCCUAAUGCAACUCAUAUUUCAACUCAAGUUAAAGGAACAGCCGGUUAUUUGGAUCCUGAUUAUAUGAGAACACGCCAACUCUCGGAAAAGAGUGAUGUUUAUUCAUUUGGUGUGUUACUUGUUGAAAUCAUGACAGGAAGACAUCCAGUUGAACCAAAGAAACCCCUCAAUGAGAGAGUUACAAUUAAAUGGGCAAUGCAGUUGUUAAAACAAGGAGAAGCUGUGAUUGCAAUGGAUCCAAGGCUUAGGAGAAGUUCAGCCUCAAACAAAGCUGUACAAAAGGUUCUCAAGCUUGCUUUCCAGUGUCUUGCACCUGUGAGACGAUUGCGUCCAUCGAUGAAGAAUUGUCAAGAGGUUCUAUGGGAAAUACGGAAAGAGUUUAGAGACAGAGUCUCUUCUCGUCCUCCUGCCAUUGGUUCUCACCAUUCUUCAGACUUUCCUCAGACAGAUUCUAGAAAGAAUAGACGUAAGACAUUUGGUGUUGCAGGCGAUAAGAGACCUCAAUUUGUCUCGGCAUAAAUAGAUUCAUUUCUCAAAUUUGUUCAUUGGUUUUAUAGAAUCUGGAUAGUAAAUAGCUAAUACAAUACAACACAAUGCAUGCAAUGCAGCUCUUUUUUGUAUCAUGUUCAUUACUUUAAGGUAUUAGUUUCAUGAGUUUUUUCCCCCUCUUCCA